AUGCCGCAAUCCUCGCCCACUGCUCGACUGAAAACCCUCACGUCACAUCUCGCAGCGACCCCGUCCGCCGCACACGCUCUCGUGAUGCCCGCAACGCGCCCGCCCAUAACUUGUCACAUCCUCGACACGCUGUCCGGAUUGCCGGCGCGGAACAUCCCUGUCACCGUCGAGCUGCUCUCGCCAACACGUGAGGGCAAAAUAGUCUUCGAGGCCGUCACCAAUGACGACGGGCGUAUACCUGCGUGGACGGCCGUGUCUAGCGACGGCAACGGCAACGUUCUGGACAUGCAAGCGCUCUUCGAGACGUUCGAGCAAGGCGCCGACAUGAAGUGGGUGGCCCGCUUUGACGUGCUGCGCUACUUCGCCGACAGGAAUAUCAAACCCUUCUUCCCCGAGGUAGAGAUCCGCUUCUUGACGAGCGGAUUCGGUAGUGACGCUAAUGGCGAGGAGAGGGGCCACUGGCACGUCCCGCUGCUGCUGGGACCGUACAGCUACACCACAUACAGAGGCAGCUGA